ACUUCAUUCCAUGACUUGGGAAGGAGUUGAGUUUUCAUUGUGGGAAUUUCUAAACAAGAACUUGUCUUCCAUUUUAAGUAUUUUGGAGAGGGUGAUUACAGGCUGACAAUAUGCGGUUAUCUUGGGCGUUUCUGAGCGUCUUGCUCCUGUUUGCUACGAGCAACGCCCAGUAUGGUGGGAUGGGCGGUAUGGGCGGCAUGGGCGGUCAAGGAAUGCGUCAACCGGGCAUGGGCGGUCAAGGAAUGCGUCCACCCAUGGGCGGCCAGCAAAUGGGCCAGCAGAUGCCCGGGAUGAACCCUAUGAACCCCAUGCAGCAACAACCACAAUCACCGAUGCACCAGCUAGGUUCCUUUAUGUCCUCAGCCGGUGGUAGCAUCCUCAAGCGUCUCAACCUCGGUGUUGGGUGUAACCUGUGUGUCUCAUUCCUCACCGGUGCACAACAAUCCAUCUUCCAGCUCAAGAACGCGGCAGUUAACCAGUCGCAGCAAGUAUGUAGCGGUCUCCCAAUGCCUAACUGGCAGUUAAGCAACCAAUGUCAACAGCUGACGUCAUUCGUUGUCAACCAAACCAUGCAGCUUCUCCAAACUACCCCCGCCCAGCAGAUCUGCAAGGCACUCACCUUCUGCAGCCCCCAACCCCAGCAACCCCAGCAACCUCAGCCACCGACCAGUCCCUGGAUGAACUACAACCAGCAACGACCUCAGCAGAACCCAUACAACCCCUACAUGAACAUGAACCAGGGCAGACCACAGACCCCUAGCCAAGGGUUCGGUGGAGGAUUCGGAGGUAUGUUCGGACGCAGGAGGAGGUCCAUCAACCUUCAAGAACUCAUCCCGCACUUCGUCAAGCAAAUGGAUUCACUGAUGAGCAACUUAGAGAGCACAAUCUGUGAAAGCUGUGAGAAUGUGGUGGACAGGAUGAGAGGAGAUGUACUUAAUGACAGGACGCUGCUCCAAAUUGGCACCCUUCUGAAGGAGUCUUGUGACGUCAUGCCUUGCAUCAAUAAAACGGAAUGCUACAUCGUUGCCGAGCAUUACCCUGCCGCACUCAAAGAUUUCGCAGCUAACAUGGUUAACACUAGAGAGACGUGUGAAGCCUUCCAGCUCUGCGGAACGAACAGCCGUGUUGGUAUCGCAGGUGGUUUCGAUUUCCCUGGCUUCGGCUUGGACGCCUUCCUACCACCAAGGGUACCCCAGGACCCUUCAGAGCCAACCGACCCACAACCAGACGGCACCAUCGAAGAGGAGAGUGUACCCUUCAACUAUAAUAAUGGGCGAACCAAGAGACAGGUGCCCGGUAUGAACCCAGGAGGCAUGAAUCCGCAGCAGCAGCAGCAACAGUUUCCCCAAUACCAGCAGCAAGGAAUGCGACCAAAUAUAAACCUCCUGGAUUUCGCCUCCAUGAUGAAUCAACUUCUCUCGAGUUUUGGAAUCCAGAUCCCAGGUCUUGAUAUGCUUGGCAGGCGGAUGCAAAUGUUGAAAACAGGAAUGGGUGGUAUGUUUGGAGGCGGCGGCCAAGGAAUGCAACCCCCUAAUAUGGGCGGCAUGCAAGGCUUCGGACGGAAGAAGAGAGACGCCGAAGACUCGGGUCAUGUUGACGAACAUAGAGAAAGAUUUACCAGACAGGCGCCAUUUAAUCCAAUGAUGCAAGGCAUGCAAGGCAUGCCGGGCAUGCCGGGCAUGCAAGGCUCGCAGGGACCAAGAACUGUACUUGAUUUCAUCCCCAUGUUGGAUAAACUACUCAGGAAUUUCGGUAUCAGCAUCCCCGGCUUGGAUAUGCUGGGAAAGAGACAGAUGCAGUAUAAAUAUGCUAUGAUGGGCAUGCAAAGAGGUAAUAUGGGAGGCAUGCAGGGAUUCGGACGUAAGAAGAGAGACACAAGAGACUUGGACAGCGGUGAGACGUUUAGGAGGAAGAGACAGAUGAAUAAUUUCAAUCCAUACAUGCCAUAUCCCCAGCAACCCCAGGAGAAGACAUCGUGGUUUAACGUACCAGCCCUGAUCGAUAGCAUCCUUAAGCGUUUUGGAUUCAAUAUCCCUGGCCUCAAAAAUUUCUUGAGCGGAAAGAAGCCACAACAACCCCAAUUCCCCGGUAUGAAUGGCAUGAAUGGUAUGAACGGUAUGGGUGGAAUGGGUGGUAUGGGCGGCAUGGGAGGAAUGGGCGGAUUCCUCCGUAAGAAGAGGGCAGCUACACCCCUGGAAUUCACAGCUGAGCCGGAGCCUAUGAGUGAAGACAUGGCGAGGUGCAUCGGAAGUGCUAUGACAAAUGUGACGUGGAAAUGCCAGUUAUGUAAGAGAGGCAUGACUGCUAUGUCUAACAUACUCGAUAUCCAAAUGUCCCACGAAUCAUCUGGUCUGCAGCAUAUGUGUCGUCUUCUUCCUGGCAACCUACGAACUAUGUGCGAGAGAGAGUUGCGUCCCGUGCGACAAGAUGGAAGCGAUUUAGCCUUGGGUAACCCGACGGUGGCCUGCCAGGGUCUCGGUUACUGCCUCGAAAAGCCUGAGAAACUUCCAUAGAAUGUGAGAAAGGCAGCAAGCUUAGCAUCCACAACGGCGAUCGUGUCAUUCUAUAAACCCAAGAAAUGCGUAUAUUCCAGUUUGAAUAAAUUUUCGUCCAUCGUCUGACCCAUCUAACUUCAACUUUAACAUGUUUAAUUUGGUUCAAAGUUUUAAAUGCCUAUCGCCAUCUUUCGACGUUUUCGAUACAACUGAAGUACGAAUAGUCGAAUGAACGUACCUGUGUAUUCUUUUCUCAGACAGUAACGUUGAUAAGUGAUAACAGUAGACCUAUGUGAUAUGGUUUUUAAUACUUGUUAUUGGAGCCCUACUUUGGGCAAGGUAAUUUCUGUUUUCAAUAAUUGCCUAAAAUUAUGGUGUGCAUUUCUGAAAUAGAAAUAUUCUUCGCUCUUGCUCAGGCAUAGGCAAACAAUCAAGAAUAAAAAAAUAAUAAUUUCUGUAUUUUGUUUCCAUUUUAAUUGCAUAUUAACACUCAAUAAGAUACAUAAACAUGAUAUACAACGAUAAACGAAAUGUAAUGUUUAUUGGCGAUUGGUACAAAAUGAAAUUGUAAAUUAUCAGGCAAAACAAUUUGAGACGAAAAUGCCUUAUGUAUUUGAAGAAAUGUCGGCUCUUAGAUGAAAUUGCAGAUUCAAACUUGGAUGAUUUAGAUACUGAUUUCCAAAGGUCCAAUUCUAUCACAAGCCAAGUUGUUCAUUCAAAUCCAAUUUUUAUCCUAACCCAAAUUCUAAACCAUAUAAUAUGGCUAUAUUCUAUUCCCUAUUCCUUAAAUCCAGAUGAACUCUUUAUAAAAAGUCAUUGAAUUUGUAGAUAAAGCUAAUCUUUAAACAAUUGAACUCAUUAUAAACUAAACGGCAACAUCUCUCAAUUCCUGUAUCCUUUUAUUCACUCCUUUUGUAAAACGUGAUUUUUAAGAGAUAAAUUCAAGGAUUUAGAAAUAAUGGUAAUUUACCCCAUGAGUUUGAAAUGCCGCUUUGGAUGACGGUGAACGUUAAACACAUUUAAUGGCAACGAAAAUGAUUUUCCUUCUUACUUUUACGAUAAAUGAUACUGUAGAGACUUGCAUUGAGGUUUUUCAAAGAUCUACCUUCUUUCGUGUAAAG